AUGGUCAAGUCGUAUAGUAGAUACGAUCAGGAAAAGGUGUUUGGUGUCAUCACCUCACAAUCAAAUAUAUUAUGGCUACCGCCCAGCGAGACCCAGUCGUCAACAUCAGCAGGAAGAGCUGUAACAUCUGGGUUAGAAGAAAUAUUAAUAUGGGAUAUCAAGACGGGAGAGCUUUUGCAAAGAUUCAAUGAUGGAUUGACACCGGGUGCUUCAAACUCGAGCACUACAGUGGCUCCCAGUCCCGUUACACACCUCUGUUUCCAUCACCCCACAAAUUUGAUUGCAGCCGGGUACGCCGAUGGUAGUAUCAAGAUAUGGGAUGUAAGUUCGCAGUCGGUGCUUAUGACAUUUGAAGGACACAAAUCGAGUAUUUCACAGCUCAAGUUUGACCGAAGCGGUACUAGAUUAGUCAGUGGUUCCAAUGACGCAAGCAUUAUACUAUGGGACCUUGUUGGAGAAUCAGGAUUGUUCAAAUUAAAGGGCCACAAGGGUCCCAUUUCUGGUGUGCAAUUUUUAUCACAAAACGAUAGCACAAAUGAUAUUGAUAGUAUGGAAGACUAUAUCUUGAGUAGUUCAAGGGACGGAAUGAUCAAGUUGUGGGAAUUAAAAAGCCAACAAUGUAUAGAGACUCACAUGGCUCACAGCAGUGAAUGCUGGUCUAUGGCGGUGAAUGGAACGAAGGACACUCUUUUGACAACAGGAAACAAAGACCAAGUAAAAGUAUGGAUUAUUGAUCUUGCACUUGAUGACGGGGAGAAAAUUACCGAGAGAGGCUCGUUUGAAAAGCAAAGCAGGGCCCGUGGUAAUGAGAUACAUUUCAAGAAUAUCAAAAAAGGUGGCAUUUUAGUAGAGUUAUUUGCCAUACAAAAUGCCGAUAGAACCAUCGAAGUUUUUAGAGUACGAUCAGAAGAUGAGAUGAAAAAAGGUAUAAGUAAAAGAAUGAAAAGAUUAAAGGAUAAAGGCAUGGAUGAUGAAGAGAUUUUGCAGUCUAUACGAGAUUCUGAAAUCAGUAUGCUUAUAACACAAUUUGCAACAAUUAGGGCCUCUUCAAAAAUCCAAUCCUGCAACUGGGCCGGUACUGGAGGGAAAAAAUUGGAUAUCCUUAUUUCUUCAACAAACAAUAGUAUUGAAUACGACUCUUUAAUCACACCUGAAAACUUGAAGAAAGCGCAACCUACUGAUGUACAAGCCAAUAAGCUUUAUCUGAUUGAACAGUUGGGCCACAGGUUUGAUAUUAGAGCAAUGGACAUAUCACCGGAGGAUGACAAGCUAUUGGCCACAGCUUCAAACGGGGAAUUGAGAAUAUGGAACACCAGAACGUACAAUGUGAUACGAUCCUUCACAUUGGAAGGUGGGUAUGCCUUGUGUUGUAAAUUUUUACCUGGUGGCUCGUUGGUUGUUGUUGGUUUCAAAAAUGGAGAUCUCGAGCUUUAUGAUUUGACUACUUCAUCUUUAGUAGACAGAGUAGAGAGGGCACACAGCUUGAAUACAGGAACAGAUGAUAAUAGUGCCGCUAUAUGGUCCAUGGACUUGACAUCAGAUGGGAAAACAUUGGUCACAGGUGGAAAUGACAAGUGUGUCAAGUUUUGGAAUUUAAAAGUUGUUCAAGACGUUGUCCCUGGAACCACUUCAGUGAUCAAUAAACUUAAAUUUGUACACACCCAGACUUUGGAUUUAAACGAAGAUGUCUUGUGUGUUAGAAUAUCGCCGGAUGAUAAAUACCUUGCUAUAUCUCUUCUCAACAAUAAUGUCCAAGUUGUGUUUUUGGAUUCAUUGAAACUAUAUCUCACAUUAUUUGGCCAUAAGUUGCCAGUGCUAUCAAUCGAUAUCUCGGCUGACUCGAAGUUAGUUAUUACAUCUUCAGCAGAUAAGAACAUCAAGAUUUGGGGUCUUGAUUUCGGUGAUUGCCACAAGUCAAUUUUUGCCCACCAGGACUCGGUUAUGAAUGUGAAAUUUAUUGGUACUUCGCACAAUUUCUUUUCAAGUGGUAAAGAUGGAUUGAUCAAGUACUGGGACGGGGACAAGUUUGAGUGCAUUCAGAAGCUACCCGCGCACCAAAGUGAAGUAUGGUGUAUGGCCAUUAGUCGAAAUGGGUUGUUUAUGUGCUCAACAUCACACGAUCACUCGAUUAGGCUCUGGUCUGCUACUAGCGACCAAGUCUUUCUUGAAGAAGAGCGUGAAAAGGAGUUGGAUGAGAUGUAUGAAAACAAGUUGCUUAGUCAACUUGAAGGCGAGGAACCUGCUCACCCAAAUAAUGGGGGUGAGGACGGUGAAGGUGAUGAGGAAGGUGGUAAUGAUCAAGUUGAGAGAGUGACAAAGCAGACGAUGGAGACAUUAAAGGCUGGUGAAAAAUUAAUGGAAGCGCUUGACUUGGGUGUUGAGGAUCUUGAAAAGACCAAACUUUAUGAAUCGCAAGUAAAAGCUGGCCACAAGGAUGCAGUUCGGGAAACUCCAAAUGCUAUCUUGUUGGCCUUGAACAUGACGGGGCCACAAUAUGUACUAGAUACACUUGUCAAGAUCAAACCUUCACAAUUUGACGAUGCAUUAUUGGUGUUACCAUUCUCUUAUUGUCUCAAGUUGUUCCAAAUGAUUGAGAUUUGGACCAACAAGGAAAAUAUUUCAAAGAAUGUCACCAAUCUUUCGCUCAUAUGCAGGGUUUUGUUUUUCGUUGUUUCCUCAAAUUCGAAGGAAUUGAUCAGUCAAAAGGAUCCAAACUUGAAGAAUCAGUUGAUUGCUGUUAAGGAACAAUUGAGGUUGAAUCUUUCCAGGACUUGCAAGACGUUGGGUGUCAACACCCAAGGUCUUCGCUUUUUAAAACAACAAUGGAAAUUGACGCAUGGGACUGAAUUUAUUGAUGAAGAAGAGCAAAGAAAUUAUGAAGACAAGCGAGCCAUCAAGAGAGUCUAUCAAACUAUUUAA